AUGCCGGCCAAACCACCCAUUCCAUUGACUCGCCUGAUCAUCGGAUUCCUGUUCGUAUUUUGCAUAAUUCUCUUGAUACAACAACAAAUGCUCCUGAGUCAACAAGCUGAAUAUGACUGCUAUCAGCAUGAUUCUGAAUCAUCAUUUCACUCAGCGAAUCCUCUGAUGAGGCUGCGGGGUGGUCGUGAUCCAUUGCAGUCCGUCUUGGAAGGUAUGUUGCAUUCCAUUCCCAAUCGUUUCAUAGCCAAUGUCAAGCUCGACCUGGUGACGAAUACGACCAUAUUGAAACCAACCAUUGUCAAGAAUUUGAUACCGCGGCCAAAUACAAUGGAAACCAAGGAGGAUGUAAUCGUGGCAACCCACAUUACCACCAACAAAUUGCCUAUCCUAUUGACGCAUCUGGACCAUUGGGGUGGUCCGGCAUCGGUGGCCGUGUACAUUCAAAGUCAGCACCACAUUCAAGAAUUUUUCAGCUUUUAUCGAGCCAGCAUUCAUUUGUUGCAAAAUGUGAGUUUCCAUUUUGUCUUGGAAAAGACGGAUCUGGCAUAUCCACACAACAUUCUGAGGAACGUAGCGAUUGAAACGGUCGAAUGCGAUUACUUUUUGGCCAUUGAUGUGGAUUUCAUUCCCAUGCCCAAGGGCAAGUGUCACUCCCAUUUGCAAAACCUAAUCAGGGAUAAGUCUUCCGGCUUUACCAGUGAUCGGCAACGCUUGUUUGUCUUGCCCGCCUUUUCCUUGCUCCAAAACAAAACGGAAACCUCGCUGCAAAGACCUGCUUCACCGAAUCGGUUGCCCAUGACGCGGAACCAGUUGGUGGAAAAGUUGGAAGAGCAAGAAAUGAUACCCUUUCGGUAUAACUUUUGGUUUGGUGGUCAUUUUGCGACCAACUAUCCAUGGUGGCUUAGAAACCUGAAGCGACGGAAUACCAAACCAUUUUAUAAUUUGGAAAUGGACGAGAGUAUUCGAUAUUACGAACCUUACGUGGUUGGCUAUCGACCAGGGAUUCCACGUUAUUGGGAAGACUUUCGUGGCUAUGGACUCAACAAGAUUAGUUUCCUGACAGAAUGCGUCAAGGCAGGAUACAGCUUUGCUGUCCUUAACAAGCUGUAUGUGGUGCAUUUGGACCAUCCCACCUAUUCGCUUGCAAAACAGGGUGUCAUGAAGAAUGCCAGCCGGUUGGUGUAUACCAAAUUCAUGGAGUACAAUGAAGAAAAGUAUGGGGAUAUUUACAAAGAAAUAUUUUUGUUGAGAGAUCAGUUUGCUUGCAAUUGGAGCGUUGGGAAACUUAUUCUUUGUAUAUCCAAGUUGGAGGUGGAAGGCACUACCGACCAGAGCGAAAAAAACGGCAACUAUCAAAAACGAAAACCUCUUUCGUCUUUGUUUGCCUUUGUGUGCCUUUAUCUUGACGCUGCCACAGUCAUGCUCCUCAAGACAAGACUUUCCUUUUCCUUUCUGUUCAUCCUUGCGUUGGUCAAUCUUGGCCCGCAAUGGAAGAAAUUUACCAAUUUGCAAUUGUCCAUCAAUUCGGAUGCAGACAAGUUCACGAUAACAUUGACAACGACACCAUUCAACACAGGCGCUGUCAAGGCAAUGGACUCAUCGGCCGACAUGCAAAGCUUGACUUCAUUCCAUAAAACUCAAAUAAAUGGUGGCGAUUACGCACCGACUGCCACAGCUUCCAGGACACUGAUGACACCCACCACAAAAAUUAGCAAUGCUGCCAAUGCAACGACAGUCGAAGGCACCAGCCUUCCUGUUUCAGUGGAGGCUAUCGAUUCUUCUUCACCCUUGACAGUGUUUCCAUUGCCAUCGAAUCCCCAAGUGUACUUUGUCCAUGUCGGCAAAGCAGGAGGUCUUACCAUGAACCUCAUCUUGGAUACAGAAGGCAAAUGGAAAGCGAUUGAUUGUUUCAUUGAGCAAUCGGAACGACUGGGUGAAAGCUACACCACAUUCCCGUCCACCUGUUAUGUUCCAAGCGUCGGGUUUCCCUCCCAACUCUCCCAACACAUGGUCAGUCAUUUGCACCUCGCUGGCUUCCGAUUCAACCGAACGCACCGCGAAUGGAUAUUGAACCACACCGACACCUUUUUGUAUACCGUGCGAGAUCCCGUCCACCGCCUGGUAUCGGCCUACAACUUUCAUCGGUACAAUUUUCGGAAUACCACAAAGGCUAGUCGCAAAUUGUUUUAUGAGGAAUGCUUUCCCAAUGGAAUGGAAGAUUUGGCCCGUCAACUACUGUUGUCGGGCAAGAAGGAUGACGCAACAUGUCAGUCGAUGGGAAUUCUAGCCUUGCAAGGAGGUGGAAAGUCUAGAAAAUCUGGUAGUGGGAACCAUUUUGAAUACAAUUAUGGAUACUAUGCCUCCAGGACGAUUGCCAAGAAGCCCAACCAUUCCGUCGCAGUCAUUCGAACGGAAUAUAUGUGGGACGACAUUUAUGCAUUGGAAAAAGAGUUGGGAGGAACUGGAUCCGACGCCUUUUCCACACAAGCUGGUACCAAGGUUUCACAUGGGAGUGAGAAAUGGGUUGUUGGCGAACAGUACAGUGCUUCGUCUCUGAGUCCGGAAAAUCUCCAUUUCCUGUGUUGCAUCUUGUACAAAGAACUCGAAGUCUACCAACGAUUGAUUCUCUUGGCUGCCAAUUUGAAUCAAAUACAGAAACGAGACACGAUGGCAUUCACUUUGACACGCUGUCAAAUCGAUUAUGCCGGUGAUCCUGUAUCGCAACCCUUUCCGUGGUUCGACUAUCACAAGACAACUUGUCGGCCAAUCAUUCAACAAGUUGUGCUGCCUGGCGUCAAAGUAUGA